ACGCCAGGCGCGAAACAUACUAGAUCAACCUACUUCCAAAGAAUGGACUAGAGGGACACUGUGCGAUCAUGGCCGAAGAUAAUUCUCAUUCUUCGCCAUUGCGUCAUGAGCCGCAACUUACUCCUGUUGCAGAAAAGUCACUGCCAGCAAAAUGCAAGGCCAAUACGCUGAAAUACUGUCCUACAAUGGACCUUAUCUCCCUUGUUACGGAAGAUGACGAACUACGAGUUUUCCGACUAAACGGACAGAAGGUUUUUGGGGGUUCAUUCAAGGGGGACCCUUACUUGGAUGAGGAUGACGGUGGGGGUGAAAUCCGAAAGUUGAUGUGGAAAAACAAUGGUCACCUACUUGCUGUCGCUUGCGCGGAUAAUACCAUCCGGAUUAUUAGUGCUUACAGCGGUAAAACUGUCCACCAUUAUCCGGCGUAUCAAGGACAGGGUCAUGCCGACCGAUCUGUUAGCGUUACUUGUUUAGGCUGGGGUGUAAACUUCACUGAUAUCGAGGUUGCACAACGGCACCUGCAGGAGGCUGCCGGGCAAAUUUCCGUUGAGGACCUGCUGUCACCGGAUGUGCAUCCUUCAGCAGCUGCCCUACUCAAGGCCGACCUACCAAGAGAGCUAGCUUUACUUGACAUUGAAAGCUCGCUACCUAAGUUAAGCACACUACCUGCAACAGGAAGCGAUGACGAUGUGUUCAGUUCGCGAGCAUCUAUCGAUGCUAUCUUCCAUUCUGCCGGCAAAAACACUAACGACGCGGUAGAUGUCUUGCUGAUAGGCUUCAACGACGGCACUGUUCAUUUGCGAAUUUUCGAUUGUUUCGAGAUAGGCUCAUUCCAGGUGGGGAGUUCCAUUAGGCCUGCCAACUCGUGCAAGAUUCUUCAACACGCCUCUCAUCCACUGAGCUCCACCCAUGCGAUGCUGGCAUCCUCGCACUCAGAUAAUGAUCUGGACUCCUUACAUUUACUCGCCCUUGACCUUCGUUUUAUCACGCGGUCGGGGAGAUAUCUUUCUCUUCUUGCCCAUAAGAUAACUCAGCUUCAAAACCUGCUCAGAUACGUCAAUCAAGUACAAAGGCAGAUUGAACUCGAGUGGAAAAACGCACAAGAACUGCCGGCGAGGUACAUGCGUAGUAUAAACGAAGAUUUGUUGGAAAAAUGCCAUUGUGAUUUUGUGACAGCCGCAUACCAUCUAGUGGUUACCGGAGACUGUUUUGAACCAAUGAAGGAGUUCCUGGUAGACAUUGUUGGAGAAAGAGGCCACAAAAGGUGGGAGAAAGCUGUGUCGAGUGGUUACGAAAAUAUUCGACGUUUGACACAUGAAUGUCUCCUUCCGGCCCUUGAAAGAUGUGAAGUGCUGCUCAGUCGCCUCACCGGGCUUUCCAAGUUUCAUAAGAUAUGUGGGGUCUUAGGUUUGGAGACGCCAGAGCUGAAUGCAAUUGUUGAGACUCUGGAUUGCCUUCAUCUCUUAGCGCAUCAUAUAAUCAUCAACACAAACGAAGAAUUAAGCCAAUUCAACUCGUUUUCAAGAUGGCUUCGGCACGAAAUAGACAUGCAGAGUGCAGAACCGAUGUCCCAGACGCUGGAAGAGCUGCAGGAAAAAACGGACCUGAUUGAAUACCCGCAGACCCUGAAGUAUAUCAGAGGCGCCUUGACCAAGAGUAAACUACGAAGCUUCAUUCAACAACUGCCUUUGAUCGGGUUUGCAAGGCCCUCUCCCAAUACGCCAGACAAGUGGGCACCCACCUCACACGACAGAUCAUUCUAUGACAUGUUUAAGAAAUUGCUGGACCAAAACAACCUAGCCUCGGACACUGAAACUCCGGUGGAGCUACCGAAGAUGAAUGAUCUAACAAAGCGCCUUGGGCUACAAUUCGAGAAAGUCUUUGGCCAAAUCGCCUUGACACAGCGGAGAGGUAUCCUCCACCGGUCUCCUCUUGCCCUUCAUCCAGAUUGUGACAAAGAUAUCAUCGAUCUUGCUAUGCGCUAUGAGGAAGUUGGAGAACAGAGUCUGUGUGUGAUAUAUGUGGCUACUAGAUCCAUCCAGUCGAAGCAGUUACUAUAUAUCUACCGCAUGAUUUUGGAUUGCGAAAAUGGGGUCAGCUCUACACGGAGAACUAGUAUAGGAGCUAUUGAUCUACAAGAAGGGGAAAUACGCCAGGUACAGUUCGUGGAGGAUGACACCAUUAUGCUACUUUGGUCCAAUAACGAGGGGUUUUCUUAUCUACUCAACUUUCCCUUCCAACCGGCACCUACCGGCGAGACUUCUGGAAGUGUUGACAGUUCUCGUUUCAUCGGCUUUGAAGAUUUUGACUGUGACUCGGCAUCAUCUACGCCCGUUGCAACUACCACAACGCUUGACGUCUUGGCCCCGGACUGCGAAUGGAUUAAACAUGCCUUUACAGUACCCGGGCCGAAACUUAAACCUACGAGAAUAUAUGUCAACGGCCGACAUGGCCGUCGGGCGAUUUGUGUUUUGUAUGGCGAUGGUCUACGUUACGAGGUGUUGGAUUUAGAUGCAGAGAUGGAGGACGAAGAGGUGGACAGUGAUUAAAACAUGAGAACAAGAACAAAUAACCUACGGUUCUUGUCCCUACGGAACCAAGGCUAACCUGAAGGUUUACACCAGGCAGUAAAUUAGCGGGUGGAUGGGCAACUCUAGGUUCCACCACCAACAAGCAGCAAAGCUGCUACAGGCAGGGAUAUUCCCUCCGUUUGCCGUCGUUUAUUGAUAUGUUGAUUGUGACUGGCUGUCCGGCUUGUCCAGCGAUUGUAGUGAAAUGAUCCCUGAGAUCUGAACCUAAAAGAGCACUUCACAGAUCAUUACUUUUGCGCUGUGUGUCUG